CUGACGUCUGACGUAAUGACGUACGUCGUACUAAAGCAAUAAAUCGAAGGCCUUCAGUUUUCACGGAUAAAUUACUAAAAUCGUGUAAAUUAUUACAUAAAACAUCUUUCAAGGCGUGCUUUUCAACAAUUGCAUGAUUUAUAUACGUAUUGACAUCUAUAAUGGACAUUGACGAGUGCAAAAGUUACAGAUUUACAUUGUGACGUAACCGAAGCCAUGGAAGAAUUGGAGUCCAUUUACAUAACUUGUAAUAUAUAUUUGACGUUGAAAUUGUCAAAAAUUACCUAGACUGUCAAACAGUCUUCUAGUCUAACAACAGUAACUGUUAAAUAGAGAAUAUUAUUUUAUUAUAAUUUAAAUCUGUUUACAAAUCAAAUUAAAUUAUCGUUAUUAAUUAUAAUUCCAUUUAUAUUGUAUUUAAUGCAAUAAAAAAUUAGAACUAUUUAUUAUUAAACAAUACAAUGUUAGAUUUCAAAUCAGUAUAUUAACCAAAGACAUAUAAGUGAAAAUAGUUACAAAAUAGUAUAACUUAGACACAGACAAUAUAGAAUAGAGUUAGAUGCUUCUGAACGUAUGGAACAUCCUAAGAGAGAAAGAGAUAGAGCGAGAUAGUGAGCGAGACAAGAAAGGGGAUUCUAAAGAAGCGAUGGCCGCCACAAUGGUAGAGACCCCUCCUCCACAGCUUAUAACAACCAUAGAAUGGAGUAUGAUGGACAAGAGUAAAUUCUUCCCGCUUUAUACGUUGAGUAGUUUUACAGUACGCUGUGCAUUAUAUCCUCUGACACUAAUAAAGACGCAGAUACAAAUACAAAGAAAGAAGGAGGCCUACAAAGGCGUGUCGGAUGCUAUCACAAAGAUCUAUGCUAACGAAGGAGUGGGCGGACUGUAUCGAGGAUUUUGGCUGUCUAGUUUUCAGAUAAUAUCGGGCGUGUUCUACAUAUCUACCUACGAAGGCGUCAGGCACGAGCUUGGGAAGUACGAAGUCAGUCCACGAAUGAAGUCGUUUAUAGGCGGCGGGUGCGCGUCGAUAGUGGGGCAGACGGUCAUUGUACCCUUCGAUGUGCUGAGUCAGCAUCUGAUGGUGCUCGGCCUUGUCAAAGGGUCCAGCAGUUGCGGCACUAAAACUAUUGUGAUGAACCCGCUGGGGCUGGACCUGGCGAAGCGUCGCUCGCGCGCCGCGUUAGCUCGUGAGGUGGCGGCGCGCGUGUACCGGCUGCACGGCGCGCGCGGCUACUACCGCGGGUACGCCGCCUCGCUCGCGGCCUACGUGCCCAACUCCGCGCUAUGGUGGGCGCUCUACACCGCUUACCAAGAUGAGCUGCUGAGGAUAUCGCCCUCGUGGGUUUCGCACCUAUUGAUCCAGUGCGUGGCGGGCACACUCGGCGGGUUCACCACCACCAUCCUCACCAAUCCGCUGGACAUCGUCCGCGCCAGGCUACAGGUGGAAGGCGUCGGGUCAAUGCGACAAGUAUUCAAAGAGUUGUGGCGCGAAGAAGGCUUAAUAGGCUUAUACGCGAAGGGUCUCUCAGCGCGGCUGGUGCAGUCAGCCUGCUUCUCCUUCUGCAUCAUCCUGGGCUACGAGAGCAUCAAGCGGGUCAGCGUCAGCGACGAGUACCGGGCCAGGGUGCGCUGGUGAAUACACGGUUGCACUCUAA